AUGAUGGUACCGGGAGUAAGCUUGCCUCACGUGACGGAUGAGCCUACGCAUUCACCAAUCAGACAAACAGACCCAAGCUCCUACCAAUUACAUCCGCCAAGACAACAGCGCAACUUCCCGUUUGUCUCUCACAGGACCGGAUAUCUGGGAGCAAACAUAAGCUCGACGUCUCACCAACAAACCCUCUUAUUGCCAGCGAAGACCUCUCUUCCUCGCAUCGCCAACCUCCUUUCCUCUAUCUCCAUUGAUGCGACUCUCCCCGCUGCCACCACCACAAUGGCCAAAAUCUCAGGCAUCGGCGCCUUCUUCAUCAUCGUCCUCUUCGUCGUCCUCCUCGGCACCGCCGCCUGGAUCAUCUACACGCAUCUGCGCGCUCGACGACUCGGUCUACCUACACCCACUCUCGCAUCAUACAACCCGUUCGUCUCAUCUGGCCGAAGCAGCGGCGGCGGAGGUGUGGUCGGCUGGGUGAAAGACAAAAUCGGCGGGCUUAAGAAUAGGAAUAAUCGCUCGGCCGGCGGCGCGUACGAGGAGCCGCUCAGUAGUAAUGUGAGAGGCCGCGCGAGUAAUCGCGGGUUUGGACCGUUGGAUCCGGAUGAUGCGUGGGAUGCGAGGGUUGGGACUGAGGCGGAUGCGUAUGGACCUGGGGGGUAUUAUGAGGAGCAGGAGUUGGGGUUGCAUGGGGAGCAGCGUGGUGGGUUGGGUGCGUCGGGGUAUAAUGCGCGGGGGAGGAGUUUGAGUCGAGAGCCGGAACCGUAUAUUGGAGGCAGUCAGGGCGGGCUGGAUAGGAGGUAUGAUGAGGAGAUGGGGAGGAAACCUGCGGUUAAUCCCUUUGAUGAUUCGGCGGCGGUUGGGGGUGGGUUGAGGGGGGUGAGUCCCAGACCGAUUGAGAUGGAUGCGACGGGUGGGAAUGCAAAGGGGAAGGGGAGUUUGGAGGAGAAUAGUCCGACGGAGAGGAGGAGUAUGUUUAGGGAGAAUAUGUAA